UUUAGGUGUUGUAUCAGUCGAAGGCUACUUUAAAAACCAGCACAAACCCUAACUCGUGCCUCCGCCAUUUUCCGUAGCAGCUGUUCCUGCGUGUGAACAAGCCUCAGGUAAGCCAUGGUUAAGCAUAACAAUGUUAUUCCCAACGGUCACUUCCGUAAGCAUUGGCAAAACUAUGUGAAGACCUGGUUCAAUCAGCCAGCAAGGAAGACAAGAAGACGAUUGGCUCGUCAGAAGAAAGCUGUUAAGAUUUUCCCCAGACCUACCGCUGGACCUCUUAGACCUGUUGUACAUGGUCAAACUUUGAAAUACAACAUGAAAGUGAGAGCUGGCAGAGGAUUUUCUCUGGAAGAACUUAAGGCUGCUGGUAUUCCCAAAAAGCUUGCCUCUACUAUUGGUAUUGCUGUUGAUCAUCGUCGCAAGAAUCGUUCUUUGGAAAGUCUGCAAUCAAAUGUGCAGAGGUUGAAAACCUACAAGGCUAAGUUGGUUGUGUUCCCAAGACGUGCACGCAAGGUUAAGGCUGGUGAUUCUACUCCUGAGGAACUUGCAAAUGCCACACAAGUUCAGGGUUCAUACUUGCCUAUCGUGAGGGAGAAGCCAUCUGUAGAGCUUGUUAAGGUUACAGAUGAUAUGAAGGCAUUUAAAGCUUAUUAUAAGCUUCGACUUGAACGCACAAACAAACGCCAUUAUGGUGCUAGACUGAAGAAGGCUGCUGAAGCUGAAAAGGAAGACAAGAAGUGAUGACCUUUUAUUUGUCGAAGUCUGUAGUCCCUUAUCAUAGUUGUUGCAAGACAAUUUUUGCUCAAGAUUAGCUUUAUUAAGAACACAUGUUCUGUCUAAAUCGAAAAUUUUUAAACCUAUUUUUAAUUUGGUAUCGGUUAUUCAAGUUUGUUGGUUUAACUAGCACUUUGUUUUGGCUGGAUUGUUUUGAAUUAUUUAUUUUGUUCUUGCUGUUUUCUAA